AACACAUUGGCGAUACGUGUAGUUGUAAAUUUUUUUCAACGUAGGAAAAAAAGUAAAAUUUAUUCAGAUUCAGAAAUUCAGAUGAUUCACAUUCACUAAUUCAGUCGAUGAGUUAAUGCUAGUGUAGGUGUGUGCGGUGUAUGUAGUUUUUAGUGUGUUAUUUUGUUUAAUUUUUAUUGUUUCCAUAAUUAUUUACAUUAUUAUCUUGAUGAUUCAUGUAUUGAUGCGGUGGUGUCAUAUUGGAAUAAGUUCUCGUAUUUCUGGCUGACCAAUUUUCUGCUUACUCUUUCGAUUUUCCAACACACACUGUUGUUCUGUAUUAUUUGCUGAUGUAAGUUGUACUUAUCUAUUCUGCAGCGUUUGAAUCGUUUGAAACAUGUCGAAGAAGACCGGUGCUCAACCAGCUUUGCAUAAGGUUAUCAUGGUUGGAAGCGGAGGUGUUGGUAAAUCAGCUUUAACGCUUCAAUUCAUGUAUGACGAAUUUAUUGAAGAUUACGAACCAACGAAAGCCGAUUCCUAUAGGAAAAAAGUCGUUCUGGAUGGAGAAGAAGUGCAAAUCGAUAUUUUGGAUACUGCCGGUCAGGAAGAUUAUGCUGCUAUCAGAGAUAACUAUUUUCGUAGUGGAGAAGGAUUUUUAUGCGUUUUUUCUAUCACCGAAGAGGAAAGUUUUCAAGCUACCCAAGAAUUCAGGGAACAAAUAUUAAGAGUAAAAAACGGAGAAAACGUCCCAUUCCUGUUAGUUGGAAAUAAAGGCGAUUUACACGACAAGCGUAAAGUUUCCUUAUCCGAAGCUCAAUCCAGGGCCCAACAGUGGAACGUGCCUUAUGUCGAAACAUCAGCAAAAACACGAGAUAACGUUGACAAAGUAUUUUUCGAUUUGAUGCGUGAAAUUCGCUCCCGCAAGAUGGAAGAUACCAAAGUUAGUAAUGGCCACGGUAAAGAAAAAUCAAAAAUUAAAAGAUUAAAGUGUACCCUUCUGUGAAUUCGUUUACUUAAUCUUUAUAUCGAUUUAAGGUUGCCAAAUUACUUUCUUUUCUCUAUUUAUGGAUUUUUUUGUACUUUUAAAAAGUAAGCUUUUAUUUAUUUGCUAUGAUACAUAGUGCGGUUAUUGCAAAAAUGUCAAGCAUAACGAAGAAAUUUAUUAUCGAUGAUUCACUGUCGAACGCUGAGUGUAUGAGUAAGAAUCUUGAAAUAUGUUUGCUUUUGUAGUUUUUUGUUCCUGUAUAGAAAAAAUUCUUUCUCUGAAUUCUUCUGGACAACGUGAAAACGAUUUUUUCGGGCUUCUCUUUUUCUAAAUGUUGUUUGUACAUUAUAUACAUUCCUCUCAGGAAUAGUUCGCUUUGAUUCAGGUAAUUUUAUAUGAUAUUAUUAAGUGCCAAACGAACUACUUCACACAGACUGUUUUUUUUUCUUCUAUUGUAUAUUUUCUUUUUUCCUUCCUUCACCAAAAAUUAUUAUUCCAUGAUCAAUAUAGUUUGAACUAUUCUUUUGUAUCGCGUCAAAGUUUUAUUUUGAAUGGAGCAACGCAACAUUGAUUUUUUUUCUACACGAAUUUGUAAGUUUAAUUUAUAUACCUAAUCUAUUGUCCAAGUCAGAAUUUGUGACUGGUUUUUUUUCUCUUUUUUUAAGAAAAAAAAAAUGUUUUCGUAUAAGCGUGUUUCGUUUGCAGUAAUCGAUGUGUUCAUAUUGGAGUGUGUAUAUAUUAUACAUAAUUUCUAUGUAAACUUUUGUUUUUAAUUCUUGAACAAAUCUAUUAUUUGUAAUCGAAAUUACUGAUUGAUGAUUUUCGCGAAUUUUUGUAAUAUUAUAAAAUAAAUAUUUGAGUGUAA